AUGGUGCCCCCGCUGGCAGACCAACUGCCAGACGAUCUCUUCGAGUGUGGGCUGUGCUCUGAGCUGGUGCUGGAGCCGACAGUGGUGCCAUGCUGCGGCAACACGUUCUGCCAAGCGUGCCUGAAGAAGUGGGUGUUGAGGAAGUGCCGCGAGUCGGGCGUCCCUCGGUGCCCGCACGCGGGCUGCGAGGCGCGGAUGCCCCUGAGGCUCCCUGGCGUGUCGCGCAUGCUGGCGGCGGCGGUGGAGGCUCUGUUCCCAGAGGAGCUGGAGAGAAGAAGACUGGACGGCGCGGCCGACCAGGACCUCGAGGAGGAGCAGCAGGCCAUCCCUGGGAACUUCGCCCUGCUGGAUGAGGUCGCGGCCUCGCGGGACCUCACCACGGGCGUCGGCAACGAGAGAAAGGUUGUGGUGCCCAUGAGCGGCGCUGGAUUUGUGGUCGGGCGCUCCGAGCAGGAAGACGGACGGGUGACCGUAAAGUUUGAGGACCGGAUGGACGGCGCUGAGGGUUGCCUCAAUGUCACGCUGGGCGAGUUGGUCAGGCAGCUCCCCGCCCGCUUCGGCGUGCGGCUGGGCCAGAGGGUGGUGGCAGCCAGGGACCUCAUGUUCGGACCCACCCUCGGCGUGCGCUUCGGCGUGCACGGAACCGUGCUGGGCAGCAGCCAGGGCUUGGGGAGCGAGGACCGAAUCAAUAUCCAGUUCGACAGCCGGGCAGACGGCCAAUCAGGAGACGUCAGCUGCCUGCCGGAGGAGGUCGCGCCCGCGUGCAAGCUGGCUGGCGGCUUCGAACUGGCGGACAGCGUGGUGGCGGCGCGCGAUUUGUUCUCGGCCGACCACCGCAUUGUCCUGUGCGGCACGCGCGGCAGGAUCAUGCGGUCGAUGAACGACCUGAGGGUCUCCGUGCAGUUCGAGAGGAGAGAAGACAACCUCGAGCACAUGGUGAACGUGACGCCGUGCGAGAUCAUGCGCUGCCCGCCCUGA